AUGGCCGGUCUCGAGAACAACGGAGUAUACAGAUUCCGUAACGCCCAAGCGCAAGACGUCGUCAUGGACCUCUCCGGUGGUGACAACAAGUCCGUCAUCGGCUACGGGUGGCACGACGGCGAUAACCAGAAGUGGCGCGUUGAGCUUGUGCCCGACGACAACCGCUGCGUGUUCAUCCGGAACUACUCCACAGGCGGGUAUCUAUCCAUCACGGAGAAUGCCUCCGACGGCCGUCACGUCUUCUGUACCGGCGAUCCUACCCAGUGGUUUGUUGAACCGGACAAUGAAAAUGCCUCUUGUUACAAGUUCAGGAUCCCGAACACCAAUCAAGUCCUCGACCUCAGUAACAAUGGUGACCCCACUCCUGGC